UUGUACAAAAUCAAAUCAUUUCCUCUCCAAGAAAAGUUUUUUUCGAUCCUACAAUCUUUACUAACUAUGGGUGCUAUCAGUUUCGAAGAUGAAUAUUCUUCACCCGUUGCACCUCACAGGUUGUUCCAUGCAUUGUUCCUCGACGCUCACAACUUAAUGCCUAAGAUCAUUCCUAGUAUCAAGAGCAUCGACUUUUUAUCCGGUGACGGAGGUCCCGGAAGUGUUCAACAAGUUAACAUGGUAGAUGAAAGUCCAGUGAAAUAUAUGAAGCAUAGGUUGGACUCAAAAGACAAAGAAAACUUGGUGUGCAAAUAUACCGUGAUUGAAUGUGACGCAUUUGGGGAUAAAAUCGAUCAUGUCUCUAACGAGCUUAAGUUUGAAGCUGGUCCUGACGGAGGAUGCAUUGUUAAGGCUAAAAGCACUUAUCACCCAAAAGGCGACACUGUCUUGAAUGAAGAAGAGAUCAAGGCCGGGAAAGAGAAAGCUAAGGGACAGUACAAAGCUAUCGAGUCUUACCUCGUUGAGAACCCUGAAGUCUAUGCUUGAUUUGCAUAUGGAUGCGAUAUAGAACCAAUAAGUUCUACGUUUUAAAGUGCUUUUUUUUGUGUGUGUGUUUCGCUUUUCAUUUUGUUUACUAUUGUAUGAUCGUGUAUUUUUGGUGCUUUCCGAAAUGAGCAUGAAAGAACCAUCUAGUGGUUUGAUGGUUCUCAAACUUCCUCCCAUAAGGAAUGGAAGUUGGGGACCGAGCCCUCGUAAUAAGCAUAAUCUUUGGUUGUGCCUAGGUAGUUAUUUAGAGGACAAAUGUGUUAUUAAUCAAAAAAGUAAUCAAAUAAGCAUGGAUUAUGAGUCUCUUUAAGUUUUUUU